AUGCUUCCCUUCGCACCCGCGGCCUUCGCGCUCCUCACAGAGAGAGACAGUCCCCGGCUCCCCGUACCACACGCACCCUACCACUUUUCCUCCUCCUACACCAACUCGACCACCCCCUCCUCCAACUACACCCUAGUCGACCUCUUCAACGCCCAAAACUUCUUUUCCGAAUUCGCCUUCUUCAACGGCUCGGACCCGACCCACGGCUUCGUCCAAUACGUCGACCACCAAACGGCCAACAAAACCGGUCUGGUCGGGUACACGCCCGACGGCGUCAUGUUGGGGGUCGACUACAUCAACCAGAUUUCUGCCAAUGCUUCACCCCCGGCCCCCGGCCGACCUUCGGUUCGCGUAUCCUCCAAAAAGACGUAUACGGAGGGUCUGUUUGUGGCGGAUAUCUAUCAUAUGCCUUCUGGGUUAUAUGACCAUGACGACGAUUCUUCUUCAUCCUUCAGCUCGUUCUCCUCCAAAGACAAGAACGCCAAAAACAAAUCCUCCUCCUGCGGCCUCUGGCCCGCCUUCUGGACCUUUGGUCCCUCCUGGCCUUCCUCGGGCGAGAUCGACAUUCUCGAGGGCGUAAACACGCAAUCGACAAACUCCAUCACGUUGCACACGUCCGGGACGAAAAACACCAGCAAAAAGGGAGCGGACGGUGGAGGAUCGUGCAACAUUUCCAGCACAGGAUCGAUGUCGGAUACCAAGCUUGCGGCUGAUGAUUGUGCGAGCAGCACUGGCUGUAAGCAGGAUACUACUGGAGGGGAUUCGACUGGACAGAAACAGAAGAAGGGGACGGGGAAUUAUGGGGUUGGGUUUAAUAAAGGAAAGGGAGGGGUUUAUGCUGUUGAGUGGUCGAGCGAUGUUUCUGGGUCUGGGAACCACGCGAGCGGUGGUGACAGAAAAAGAGGAGGGGGGGAAUCAACAGGUUCCAUCAAAGUCUGGUUCUUCCCGCGCGGAUCCGAUCUGGCGACGAAACUAGCCGGGAACACCACGACGACGACUACCAAAGCGAUUGCAUCUUCCUCUUCGGCAACUAACGCGACCGCCGGCGGCGUUGUUUCUUCUGCACCGGGUGCGGAUCCUUCAAAUUUCGGAACGCCGCUGGCCGUGUUUGUAUUUGACCGCGGGUGUUCGAUGGUGGACCAUUUCAAGAACCACAGUAUUGUUUUCAACACGGCGUUUUGCGGAGACUGGGCGGGUGCGGUGUGGGAUAAGGACGCGACGUGCAAAGGGUUGGCGAAAAAGUGUGAGGAUUAUGUGGGCGCGAAUCCGGGUCAGUUCAAGGAGGCCCAUUGGGUUGUCAAUUCGAUCAAGGUGUAUCAUCGACAUGGCAGGAAGAGUUGA